GUGGGGUGAGUCAGCAGCGGGGAGGAGCCGGGCUGGGAGGAAACCAAGGCUGGCUGCAGUAGAUAAAGGGCUCGAGGAGAGGUUAGGAGCACGGGCAGAGGUCUGCUAGCCGAAGCGGGAGAGCGGAGGAGCUCUUGUUUUAGGUGGUCUCUUAGAAGUCUACUCGCCAACAUGUUGCUGCCCAUAGCCUCUGUGUGUCUCCUGGCAGCCCUUGCAAAUGCCCGCAGUAUUCCCCUCUUUCCUCCUCUCUCUCAGGACAUGGUGAACUAUGUUAAUAAACUCAACACUACAUGGCAGGCUGGGCAUAACUUUCACAAUGUUGACUUCAGUUAUAUUAAAAAGUUAUGCGGUACAUUCCUGAAUGGCCCCAAACUUCCAAUAAGGUUAGGGUUUGCAGCUGACAUGGAGUUACCCGACAGCUUUGACUCCAGGCAACAGUGGCCAAACUGUCCAACAAUUAGUGAGAUCAGAGAUCAAGGUUCUUGUGGCUCUUGCUGGGCAUUUGGUGCAGUGGAAGCCAUUUCAGACCGGGUUUGUGUUCACACCAAUGCCAAGGUGAGCGUGGAGAUCUCCGCUGAAGACUUGCUGUCCUGUUGUGGUUUUGAAUGCGGGAUGGGAUGCAAUGGAGGCUAUCCUUCAGGUGCAUGGCAGUACUGGACAAAAAGAGGCCUGGUAUCGGGUGGGCUUUAUGGCUCACAUAUUGGCUGCAGGCCCUAUUCUAUCCCACCCUGUGAGCAUCACAUCAACGGAUCCCGACCCCCUUGCACUGGUGAGGGUGGCGAGACCCCCAAAUGUGUGAAGGAAUGUGAAGCAGGCUACUCUCCCUCGUACCAGAGUGACAAGCACUAUGGAGCUACCUCCUAUAGUGUCCCUCGUAGUGAAAAGGAAAUAAUGGCAGAGAUUUACAAGAAUGGGCCAGUGGAGGCAGCUUUCUUGGUGUACUCAGACUUCCUUAUGUACAAAUCAGGUGUCUAUCAGCAUGUCUCUGGAGAGGCAGUUGGAGGUCACGCAAUCCGAAUCCUUGGCUGGGGAGAAGAAAAUGGCACCCCUUACUGGUUGGUGGCUAAUUCCUGGAACACAGACUGGGGUGAAAAUGGUUACUUUAAAAUCCUCCGAGGCCAGGACCACUGUGGAAUUGAAUCAGAGAUUGUUGCUGGCAUCCCAAGCGUGGGCUACUACCAGAGUUGGCUGUAAUGUUCUUCUGAACCCAGACCGUCCUCCUUUUUAUUCUGCAAAUCAUUGGAAUUAAUUGUACCUGUGAAGCUACCAGCUGUGGCUGCAGAAAUCUGAAUUCAUGAGAGACAUUUUAGACUUGAGCUUCUUAUUAAAGUUAUUUUUAAAAAAGAAA